AUUCAGGAUUCCUGGAUGCCAGGACUCGGAGCACCGCUCACGCCCGACCGCUAUGGCCCACCCGACUAACGUGCUGGACCACAUCGUGCACCUCACCCCGUCGGGGAGUGUCGCGCAGGCUGCGGAGCAGUGGCAGAAGCUCGGAUUCACGGUCGUACCGGGCGGGACGCACGCGGACGGGUUGACCGCCAACGCGCUCGUAGUCCUGCGAGACGGCGCGUACGUCGAGCUGGUCUCCUUCGCCCGCGCGCCGUGCUCGCACCCCUGGGGGAGCAAGCGCCCCGGGUGGAUCGACUACGCGUUCCUCGGGUCGUCUGCUCGGUCGGUCGCGCAGAUCGUGAAUGCGCGCGCGCGGGAGGAGGGGAGCGGGGUGGUGUAUGAGGGGGAGGUGCGCGGGGGGAGGGAGCGCCCGGAUGGAAGGGCGGUGGAGUGGGUUAUUACUGCGCCGAGGGGUGCGGGGAGGAGGGGCGUGUGGCCGUUUUUCUGUGGGGAUGUCACGCCGAGGGGGUGGAGGGUCCCGCUGGAGCCGGAGGGGAAUGCCGUGCACGAGAAUGGGGCGGUGGGCGUUGCGCACGUGCGCGUCCUCGCGGAAGAGGCGGGGAUACCCGCGCUGACGAGGGAGUACACGACUGUCGUCGGGUCGCCGCCCGUGUCCUCCCAGCCAGGCGCGGACGUUUCGUGGACGCUCGCAAGCACCGCCGCCGCUCACUCGAUCCCGGACCCGGUGCUCGUCGUGAGUGCGCCCAGGGACGCGCAGGAGGAGGGGUACCUGAGGGAGCGCGGGGCGGGGCUGUACGAGGUGGCGUUUUGGGUUGUGGAGGGCGAGGGCGGGAAGGGGGACGGGGAGAGCGAGGAGACGCCGUAUGGGCGGGUGGUGUGGAGGGUGGUGAAGGAGGCGUGAUCCGCUGUGAUUGACAUUAUCGUAUGCAUGUAUUUAGGUACAGCGCUGAUGGUGAUAUCUCGCUCUAUCCAUUAAGCAAUCGGUCCCGA